GGCCGUACUUUUUCUUGUAAGAGCUUCUUUCCAUCCCUUCAUCAUUGUCUAUUUGAACCUCUUUCAAUACAGCUUAAUUUAUAUCGGGAAUUAGACUUAUCCAAUUAUAACUUUGGUUUCUCUCUUCGUCAACACUUUAAUUUUUACACGCGUUUUUUUUUUUUUUUUUUUUUUCAUGAAUAGACCUUUACUCGUUAUUGGUGGCAUUGCUCUCGACAUUACUGCUACAGUUGGAAAGUCCUUAUCUUCUAUUCUACACACCUCUACACCAGGUCAUGUAAAACAAAGUUUAGGUGGGGUCGGACGUAACGUAGCUGAGGCUGCAUGGCGAACUGGUGGUCAUCAUGUGAAGCUCGUGUCUGUUGUUGGUUCUGAUUUAGCAGGUGAAGCUGUAAAGCAAGGCAUGAAGUCCAUUGGCAUGAAUACUGAAUAUAUUCAAACCCUCGAAAACCAGCCCACUGCUGUUUACAAUGCAUUGCACUCAAAUGAUGGACAGUUAGUGGCUGCUGUUGCCGAUAUGAAUAUCUUUGAUUCGAUGGAUGUGAGUCGCAUUGUAUCGAUUAUUCAGGCAGAAAAGCCUAAUUUUGUAUGCUUUGAUGGCAAUAUCACAUCAGACAUGAUGAGAUCCAUUACUGUUACAUGCAAGUCACUUUCAAUUCCAGCUCUCUUUGAACCUACAUCGGUGCCUAAAUCUUUAAAGUUAUUCCAACAUGCGGAGACGAUUCAAGCUCAAUCUGUUCAAUAUACCUCUCCAAACCAAUUUGAAUUGGAAGCAAUGUGUGAUACCAUUCAUUCUCAUCCCAUCUUGUCAUUAAAGACCCCUAUUUCCAAGCAUGUUCAGCAGUUGAAAAAUGCACCUCAAUUAGCCCAUUCGGUAUUGCCACACGCAAUUUACUUGUCCAAUUAUAUUCCCAAUAUUGUUACGAAAUUAGGUGAACAGGGAUGUUUAUAUGUGGGUCAAACAAAUGCUGGUCACUCGGUUGUUAAAUAUUUUUCACCUGAAUAUAUCCAGCCAGAUGAAAUUAAGAGUGUAACAGGUGCGGGUGAUUGCUUUGUGGGUACUUUAAUAGCAAACCUACAACACUCGUCGACUUCUUUUAUGAAUCAAAUCAUUAAUAAUGCUCAACUCUCAUCUAUUCGAACAUUAAAGUCAACAAACGCUGUAAGCAGUAAAAUUAACCGUGAUUUACUAUUUCAGAAAUAAAAUAUGAAUCCCCCUGAUGGUUUACCCGUUU